AACUGCCGUUUGUUUUCAUUCCCCUUUGUGAGUCAGACGGGGUUAGACACCGAGAUAAUAAAUAAAUAAAUAAAUAAAAUUACUCAGCAAGGGGAAAAAUAUUAGGGAACUGAGCACAAACCCUAUAGUUAAACUGCAGCGGAGAAGAAAAAACAGAUGCACUGAACGUCUGUUUCUGAACUGAAACGGAAAAGUUUCAGAAUUGAUGAGAAUGCAAGGACUGACGUCUGGAUUUUAACAUUUUAAGUCUUUAUUAACGUGUGUACUACAACAGUUUUGAGGAAUCUGUUCAAUUGGCAUAUUCCUUUUUUCUUAGAAAGAAGAGCAUUGCGCUCAAUCAAGUCUAAAUUGAGACGAUGUUCAAACUGCGCUAAGCAUGAGCACAAAGUGUGACUGAACUGAGAAAAAAAAAAAAAAAACGUUCAAGAAACUUCAGAAUUACCAGGAAAAUGAUGUGGCAAGCGACUUGGUAUCGACUUUAGCCGUUUAAACUUGUUGGGCCAACUACUGCGUUCAGAUGCACAGUAUAUUUGUAACCAGGACUGGAAUAUUUUUUAUCUUUUUUUCCCCAUAAAUCUCACAUUGAGAGAUCCAUCCCACUCACCAAAAAAACCUGUUGAGAAUUGAUUUAUUUACUUAAAGACAGAGAAACAGAUUUUGAUUUUUAAAACACUUCAGCUUUAUUGGCAUCUGGGAAACGUCAUCAAAUUUGUUUCAGUGAAAAUCAGCGGAUUCAAAUAAUACAUAACGUUUACUUCAUGAGAACACGUGUUAUAUUUCUGUUUUAAAGUCUGAAAACAGGAUUAUGAAGGACCAGGCAUCAUUUUGCUUGCAGUAAUUUGGGAUUAUAAAGUUCUGUUUUUUUUUUUUUUUUUUUUUUUUUUUUCCUAUCAACCUUUUGAACAAUGCCUGCAUGUUUUAUAGGAAUGUACCUUGUGUUUGGAUUCCUCAGUACUUGCUCAGGAUCCCGCCUUCGUCAGGAGGAUUCCCCCCCUCGGAUAGUGGAACACCCCUCUGACCUCAUUGUCUCCAAAGGAGAGCCCGCCACUUUGAACUGCAAGGCAGAAGGCCGGCCUACACCCACCAUUGAGUGGUAUAAGGAUGGCGAGCGGGUGGAGACGGACAAGGAUGAUCCUCGCUCCCACCGUAUGCUGCUUCCCAGCGGCUCACUCUUCUUCCUCCGCAUCGUACACGGCCGACGCAGUAAACCGGACGAGGGGAGUUACGUCUGCGUGGCCAGAAACUACCUGGGGGAAGCUGUGAGCCACAAUGCAUCGCUGGAGGUGGCCAUCUUGCGUGAUGAUUUCAGACAGAACCCUUCGGAUGUGAUGGUCGCAGCUGGUGAACCUGCAGUAAUGGAGUGCCUGCCUCCUCGUGGGCACCCUGAGCCAACCAUUUCCUGGAAAAAAGACGGCGUUCCAAUAGACGACAGAGAUGAAAGAAUUACAAUCAGAGGAGGAAAACUUAUGAUCACAAAUGCCCGGAAGAACGAUGCUGGCAAAUAUGUGUGCGUUGGGACCAAUAUGGUGGGCGAGCGAGACAGUGAAAUUGCUGAGCUCACUGUUCUAGAGCGUCCUAACUUUGUGAAAAGGCCUAGCAGCCAAUCUGUGCUUGUGGAUGAGAGCGUGGAAUUUCGGUGUGAGGCCAGAGGGGACCCAGUACCUGCAGUGAGAUGGCGUAAGGAAGAUGGAGACUUACCAAAAGGAAGGUUUGAAAUUCGUGAUGAUCACACCUUGAAGAUACGAAGAGUGACAGGAGCUGAUGUGGGGUCCUAUUCCUGCAUUGCAGAAAACAUGGUGGGAAAAACAGAAGCUUCUGCCACUUUGACGGUGCACGUUGUAUCUGUCCCUCCUCAGUUUGUGAUACGGCCUCGAGACCAGGUUGUAGCAGUGGGGCGGACCGUAACUUUCCAAUGCGAGGCAACUGGAAACCCGCAGCCUGCCAUUUUCUGGCAAAGAGAAGGAAGUGAGAAUCUUCUCUUCUCAUAUCAACCUCCCCAGCCUUCCAGUCGAUUUUCCGUCUCUCAAACCGGAGAUUUAACCAUCACCAAUGCAGAGAGGUCCGAUGUUGGCUACUAUGGCUGCCAGGCUCUUAAUGUUGCUGGGAGCGUUAUCAGCAAAGCUCUUCUGGAAGUUACAGAUGUUGUAUCAGACAGACCUCCUCCUGUUAUUAAACAGGGGCCUGUGAACCAGACUGUGGCUGUCGAUGGUACCAUAGUGCUCAACUGUUUGGCUACUGGCACUCCACCUCCCACCAUCUUGUGGAGGAAGGAUGGGGGGCUCGUCUCUACCCAUGAUUCCCGUGUCAAACAGCAGGAGACGGGUGCUCUCCAAAUCCGAUAUGCCAAGUUGGGUGACACAGGCAUGUACACCUGCAUUGCUUCCAAUCCAAGCGGAGAAGCUACAUGGAGAGCCUACCUUGAAGUUCAAGAAUUUGGGGUUCCAGUACAGCCAGCAAGACCCACAGACCCGAAUUUAAUUCCCAGUGCACCUUCAAAACCUGAGGUAACUGAUGUCAGCCGGGCCUUGGUAACGUUGUCAUGGCAACCAAACUUAAAUUCAGGAGCCACCCCAACUUCUUACAUCAUUGAGGCUUUCAGCCAUGCAUCUGGGAGCAGCUGGCAAACUGUGGCCGAGCAUGUGAAGACAGAGACAUACACUUUGAAAGGAUUGAAACCCAGUGCUGUAUAUCUCUUUCUUGUGAGAGCUGUAAAUGCUUAUGGACUUAGUGAUCCAAGUCCAAUAGCUGAUCCAGUUAAAACUCAAGAUAUUCCACCUACAAGUCAGGGAGUGGAUCACAAACAAAUCCAGAGGGAGCUAGGAGAUGUCAUCAUCCAUCUCCACAACCCCACCAUUCUGUCUUCCUCCUCGGUCAAGAUUCAGUGGACAGUAGAACAGCAAUCUCAGUAUAUCCAGGGAUAUAAAAUCCUGUACCGAUCCAACUCAGAUGGUCAGGGGAAAUCGGACUGGUCUGUCUUUGAAGUGAAGACCCCAGCUGAGGACAAUGCUGUCAUCCCUCAGCUGAAGAAAGGAGUCCCUUAUGAGUUCAAAGCCCGCCCGUUCUUCAAUGAGUUUCAGGGGGCUGACAGUGAGGUGAAAUAUGCAAAAACCUUUGAAGAAGCUCCCAGUGCCCCUCCCCAGAGUGUAACAGUAACAAAGAAUGAUGACAAUGGGACAGCCAUCCUGGUUUCCUGGCAACCGCCCCCAGAGGAGUUCCAAAAUGGAGUAGUGCAGGAGUACAAGAUCUGGUGCCUUGGAAAUGAAAGCCGCUACCACAUAAACAAAACUGUGGAUGGAUCGACUUUCUCUCUGGUCAUCCCUAGCUUGUUCCCAGGAAUCCGAUACAGUGUGGAAGUUGCAGCUAGUACUGAUGCAGGGUUGGGUGUGAAGAGCGAGUCAAGGUUUAUUCAACUCGACUCGUCAGGAAGAAUCACUACCAAUACUGAAGAGUCUGUCAGUACUCUAUCACAGCAGAUAUCCGACGUGGUAAAGCAGCCUGCAUUUAUUGCUGGGAUUGGAGCAGCCUGCUGGAUUAUCUUGAUGGUUUUUAGCAUCUGGCUGUACCGACAUAGGAAGAAAAGGAGUGGCCUCAGUAGCAGUUAUGCAGGGAUAAGGAAAGUUCCAUCUUUUACCUUCACACCAACAGUGACCUAUCAGAGAGGAGGAGAAGCUGUAAGCAGUGGAGGAAGACCUGGUUUGCUGAACAUCGGUGAGCCUGCUGCACAACCAUGGCUUGCAGAUACCUGGCCCAACACUUGCUCAAACCACAAUGACUGCAGCAUGAACUGUUGUACAUCAGGCAAUGGAAACAGCGACAGCAAUCUCGCGACCUACAGCCGCCCAGCUGAUUGUAUUGCAAAUUACAACAACCAGCUGGAUAGCAAACAGACCAACCUGAUGAUGCCUGACUCUGGAGUCUAUGGAGAUGUGGACCUGAGCAACAAAAUCAAUGAAAUGAAGACAUUCAACAGCCCCAACAUGAAGGACGGGCGCUUUGUCAACCCAGCAGGACAGCCAACGCCUUAUGCCACGACCCAGUUAAUCCAAUCCAGCAUUGGAAACAACAUCAACAGUGGCAAUACGGAGAUGAACGAGAAACACUGGAAGCCAUCCAUCCAGCAAAAGCAGGAGGUCCCGGCCUUGCAGUACAACAUCAUGGAACAAAAUAAAUUAAAUAAAGAUUAUCGUGUUACUGACACAAGUAUUCCCGCCACAAUCCCUUACAACCAGUCGCAUGAUCAGAGCACAGCUGGCUCGUACAACAGUUCAGAUAGAGGCAGCAACACUUCAGGGAGUCAAGGUCACAAGAAAUCCCGAACUCCAAAAAUUCCAAAACAGACUACGCUGAACUGGGCAGACUUGCUUCCUCCACCUCCUGCCAACCCACUGCCAUGUAGAAGCAAUGAAGAGUACACCAUGUCAAUGGAAGAGAGCUAUGACCCAGAAAUGAAGUGCCCCGUGCCCCCAUCCAGAAUGUACCUGCAGGACGAGCUUGAGGAAGAUGAGGAGGAUGAAGAGGAGGAAAUUGAGAGGGGUCCCACUCCACCUAUCAGGGGGGCUGCCUCCUCCCCAGCAGCCGUGUCCUACAGCCACCAGUCAACUGCCACUCUCACCCCCUCCCCACUAGAGGAGCUGCAGCCCAUGCUACAGGAAUGCCAGGAGGAAAUGGCCCGCACACAGCACCAGCAUGACAGGAGGCGCCAUCCAAUCAGUCCUGCACCUCCUCCAAGGCCCAUCUCUCCACCACACACAUACGGUUACAUAUCUGGACCCCUAGUAUCGGAUAUGGACACAGAUGCCCCCGACGAAGAUGCAGAUGAGGCAGAUGUUGAGGUCGCCAGGAUGCACUCAAGGAGGCUGCUGCUGCGAGGGUUGGAGCAGACUCCUGCCUCCAGCGUGGGAGACCUGGAGAGCUCUGUAACAGGCUCCAUGAUCAAUGGUUGGGGAUCAGCCUCUGAGGAAGACAACGCUUCUAGCGGGAGGUCCAGUGCCGUCAGUUCUUCGGACGGCUCAUUCUUCACCGAUGCAGACUUUGCUCAGGCAGUCGCAGCUGCAGCAGAGUAUGCUGGCCUCAAAGUAGCCAAAUAUUCAAUGCCGGACGCUGCUAGAGGCCGCAGACAUUAUAUGAACCCCAACAGUCAUAGACCUACAAGUCCUGUCUCUACAGACAGCAACAUGAGUGCUGCUGUCAUUCAGAAAACACGACCUGCCAAAAAACAGAAGCACCCACCUGCGCAUCUGCGUAAAGAUGUUUACACAGAAGACCUGCCUCCUCCCCCAUUGCCUCCCCCUGCUAUUAAGUCCCCCACCCAUCAGACAAAAUCCCUAUUGGAAGGGCGCCCUAUGAUGUCAUCCAAACUGGCAUCUGCAGAGCAAAGGGGCGACCGGUCAGCAGAGAGGAGAGGUGGAAACUACCCCAGACAGCACUCAGAGCGUACAAGCUCAACAGAAUGCAGAGAGUCCCAGGAACGGCAGAGGGAAAGCAAAUCGCGAGGAAGCAGGUCGGCAAGGCAUGAGGGCAUGCCAGGCAAGGCUCGUCAGCACCCAGGCCCUGAGGAUAUCCUGCCAUACAGCCGGCCCACGUUUCCCACAGCACACAAUCCCAGAGAUCCCAGCUCCUCCAGUUCCAUGUCAUCAAGGGGUUCUGGGGGGAGACGACGAGCAGAUCAGACUAGUGCAGGACGAAGGAAUCCUUCAGAUGCCGGAUUGCAAGGGAUGGGAACCUUUGAGCAAGAAAAUGAUGAGCUAGAGGGAGCAGAAAGCUGAAGAGAAAAGUGAACAGCAAGGAAAAAAAAAACAAUUAGUCCUGAUAUUUAAUUCCAGAUAAAAUGUUUGGUGCAAUCAAAUUAUGUAAAUUAUGUUUCUUUUCAUCUUGUUAAACUGACCAAUUUAUAUUAAAAAAAAAAAAAAAAAAAAAAAAAAAAAAAUUUGUUUUAAUUUAUGACUGAAAUUGUGAUGCCCAGUUAAAGAAAAAGUAAAGUAAAAGAACAUAAUCUAGUGGUACUGUUCCAGUUUCAAUGCAAUAUGGGGUAAUAGUGUACACACACUAUUAUGCAAGGAAUUGUUUUUAUCAAUCCCUUUCGAAAGCCCUUACAGUCAUGUGUUACUGUAAUAAAAUUAGCUACAAGCAUAUUGGGGUGGCCCAUAUUGUAAAUAUAUAUCAUCUUUUUUUGUAAUUUGUCGUGGUACUUAAAAUGUGUCUUCCUUGUUUUUAUUUUAUCAUUGUUGUACAAUUUUUCAAAUGUUGAACCACCCCCAAGCAAGUGCCACUUAGGGAAAGUUUAAUUUGUAUAUUAUUUUAUUUUUUUGUAAUGCACUGUUUUUUCUUCUUCCUUGGUUUUAAAAGCACAAUCACUAAACUUUAUUUUAAACCAUUGUAUCUAUUAACAUUUUUGUCUACUGAACAAUAAAGUAUGACAAGAAAGUUUUGUUUUUAUCAUGGUGUUGUAGUUGAAAUGAUAAGCUGAUGGCAAUGGAAG